AUGCCUGGCAAAUUUGGUAGACGAAGAAAGGGAGAAUCGAAAUGCAAACCACAAUCAGAUGAAGAUGAUGAAGGAAAGGAGUUGAGCGAUGAAUUGCCUGAUAUAAAUUGUGAGCAGGAGGUGAAAAUACUUAGAACAGAAGGAGAAGGGACUUCAAAAGGACCAAAGAGCAAAAAAAUGAAACUCAAAGACAUUAAAAUAAUCAGUUGGAAUGUCGCUGGUUUAAAGGCUCUAAUUAAGAAAAACGGUCAUGAACUCUUUAUUAGUGAAAAUCCCGACAUCAUUGCUUUACAAGAAAUAAAAUGUUCCGAAAUUCCUGCUGAAUUGCAAACUGGAUACCAUACCUUUCUGAAUGCAUCAGAACGAUCGGGUCAGAGCGGCGUUCUGUUACUCACAAAAGAAAAACCUAUCAAGUACUCAAUGAUUUAUUUUUCGGUCACAUCUGCUUUUGAUGACGACUGUGGUGUUGAUGGAAAUGGCAAAGGACGGAUUAUAGUUGCUGAAUACAAGAAGUAUUUUAUCAUAAAUGCAUAUGUUCCUAACAGUGGUCGAGGUUUGGUGAAUCUAAGUAAGCGGAAAAUUUGGGAUGAUUAUUAUAUUAACUACAUCAAAAAGUUGGAUUCCAUGAAACCUGUUGUGUAUCUUGGUGAUCUGAACGUGGCGCAUCAGGAAAUCGAUUUGGCAAAUCCCAAAACCAAUCGUAACAAGACGGCAGGAUUCACGGAUCAAGAGCGAAAUGAUUUUUCUCGUUUGCUUGAAUCUGGGUUCGUCGACGUUUUCCGAAAAUUAAAUCCAGAUAAAGAGGGUGCAUAUACAUUUUGGUCAAAUAUGCGCAACUCGAGGGAGAAAAAUAUUGGCUGGAGACUCGACUACUUUGUGGUUAGUGAACGAAUUAUCGACAAUGUGAAAAGAUGUGACAUUUUGAGCUCAGUUAAAGGAAGUGAUCACUGUCCUGUAGUUCUUGAAAUUGAACUUUAA